AGUUAAUUUUAAACCUGGACAAGAUGGCGGAGGGAGACGCGGCUCGGUACGGGCAGCGAGAGGAACAGCCUCGGUUUCAACCGGACUUGACAGGAGAGAGCUAUGAGGAUGCAGAAGAGAAUGCCUCUUUGGAUGCUGAUGAAGUGACUACUGAAGAGCCAUGCCCAGUACAGAUAGUUCUCGCUCAUGAAGAUGACCAUAAUUUUGAACUGGAUGAAUCAGCAUUGGAGAGAAUCUUGCUUCAGGAGCAUAUAAGAGACCUCAACAUAGUAGUAGUUUCUGUUGCUGGUGCAUUCCGUAAAGGCAAAUCAUUUCUCUUGGAUUUCAUGCUUAGGUAUAUGUAUAACAAGGAGUCAUCUUCUUGGAUAGGUGGAAGUAGUGAACCUUUGACUGGCUUUACGUGGAGAGGAGGGUGUGAGAGAGAAACAACUGGCAUUCAGAUUUGGAGUGAAGUAUUCAUAAUUCCCAAACCUGAUGGGACAAAGGUUGCUGUAUUACUAAUGGAUACCCAAGGUGCUUUUGAUAGUCAAUCAACUAUCAAAGACUGUGCAACCGUAUUUGCUUUAAGCACCAUGACAAGUUCAGUCCAGGUAUACAAUCUAUCACAGAACAUCCAAGAAGAUGAUCUUCAGCAUUUGCAAAAUAACCAAAAUAUUCUAGAAUUUGGUUCUGGUAUGCUUGUACGUAUACCAAAUUUUCCUCCUAAACAAUUUCUAGAAAAGCGAUUGCAGGUAAAAUUGCACCAGCACGAAGAGCUUCAGAAUGUAAGGAAGCACAUUCACUCAUGUUUCAGUAACCUAGGCUGUUUCCUGUUGCCGCACCCUGGUCUUAAAGUUGCAACUAACCCAAGUUUUGAUGGGAGACUAAAUGAUAUUGAUGAAGAGUUUAAGAAAGAAUUGCGGGGUCUGAUUCCUUUGCUGCUUGCUCCUGAAAAUCUGGUAGAAAAAGAAAUUAGUGGCUCAAAAGUGACUUGUAGAGAUCUUGUGCAAUAUUUUAAGGCUUAUAUUAAAAUCUAUCAAGGAGAGGAAUUACCUCAUCCUAAAUCAAUGCUGCAGGCAACAGCAGAAGCCAACAACCUUGCUGCAGUAGCUGGUGCAAAAGAUACUUACAACAAAGAAAUGGAACAGGUUUGUGGUGGAGAUAAGCCUUACAUAGCACCUGCAGACUUAGAACAAAAGCACCAAGAUCUUAAAGGAUUGGCAAUCAAACAUUUCCGUUCUGUGAAAAAGAUGGGAGGUGAGGAGUUCUGUCGUCGUUACCAGGACCAGCUUGAAGAGGAGCUUGAUGAAAUCUAUGCAAACUUUGUGAAGCACAAUGAUGGCAAAAACCUCUUCUAUGCCGCUCGUACACCAGCGACUCUAUUUGUUGUCAUGUUUGCUAUGUAUAUAAUCUCAGGACUGACUGGAUUCCUUGGCAUGAACUCCAUAGCAACCCUGUGUAACCUUGUGAUGGUCAUAACACUUGUCUCCCUUUGUACAUGGGCAUAUGUUAAAUACUCUGGGGAAUGCAGAGAAAUUGGAACACUCAUUGACCAGAUGGCGGAAGUACUAUGGGAACAGGUUAUAAAACCUCUUGGGGAGAAUUUGGUUGAGGAUACCAUGAGACAAUCCGUUACAAACUCUAUCAAAGCAGGCCUGACUGAACAGAUGUCUCAGCAUGCCAGAUUAAAAACAAACUGAGAGCUCACCUCAUCUCAUCUGCCUGUCCAUCCUAGACUUGCUUGCUGUACAACAAGAACUCAAUAAACCAAAGUUUACAUUUGACUAUAAAGCAGUAGUUUAGUCUGCUUGGAUUCCUAAUUUACUGCCAUCAUAUUGUGGGAAGAUAAUGGUGGGGGUACAAGAAAAGAAACUGAACUGUUUUAAAGAGUUUAUCUUUGAUUUGCUCCCACAAUGUCAUGGAAAGGGAAGAUCUUAACCACGGUUCUUUGUACCAGGGUCUGAUUUAUGGCAUUGUUUCCACUGUAAAAGGUUUUUCAGGGAAGUAUCAAAACUAUACAGAAAUCUUUUAAUAGAAUGUAUAAUCACACAAAGUCCCAUUAAACAUUUUAAUUUUCAGCAUUUAUAACAUGAAUCCAGUUGAUAUAUCAGCAGUAGCAGUCAACUGAGAACUCAUGUUUGAGCCACUUCAUUUAUCUGCUCUUGCAUUAGCGCCUUCUCUACCAGUAUUACCCAGAUGCAUGUUCUCCACAGCUGCUUCAUUUAGAGAUAACUAUGACAUUGUCCUGCUUUUUUCAGUUUAGAGACCUUGUCUUACAGGAUAUGCAUAUUAUGAAAAAAGCUGUUUUUCUCUGCAGUUUUAGCCUACAUGUAUAUACAAUAUGCCAUUAUUACUUAGGGGGGGGGAAAUCCAUCCAAAAAUAACAAAAUCCGUUUCCUACAGCUACAAAGCAAUGAGUUCAGAUUGUCUGUACAGUGUGUCUAGUUAUUUUUUUAAUCACAGGGCAUGUAUAAAAUAUAAAUAUAUAAAUACAAUUUUGUAUCAAAAGUUUUGUAGUUUAUGGCAAAACCUGGUUCUGUGAUAAGCUAAGUACAGUCCCUGUAAAGGAAUGUUUGUGGCUCAUGUAAAUGUGUGGAUGCAUAAAAAUAAUUUAGUUUUUUUGAUAUAUUUGUGAUAUUUACCUGCCUUGAACACUGCAAUCUCAUCCCAUGGGAAAUCAGUGGGAAUGUUUGUUGUGAUUGUCUUCAGUUACAUUUUAAAGUUAUUUCUUGUAAUUUAUUUUCUGGUACAUUAAAAUCAAAUGUGUAUAUAUGAAAUUAAACUCAUGAUUUUAUUU